GUAUUCUUUUUCAGUUGUUUCUAAGGAUGAAAUUCCUCCAGACGAAUAUGCUUUGGAACUGAAUGGAAUUACGAUCAAAGAAACAGCAAAAUUAGGUCCUCGCCCCGAGAAGCCCAUUGAGAUAUAUGAAUUUGAGAGCUGUCCAUUUUGCCGAAAGGUUAGAGAAAUUGUUGCUAUUUUGGACCUUGAUGUUGUUUUUUAUCCCUGUCCAAGAAAUGGUCCAAAUUUCCGUCCAAAGGUUCUUCAGAUGGGUGGCAAACUGCAGUUCCCUUACAUGAUUGACCCAAACACAGGUGUUUCAAUGUACGAAUCAGAUGACAUAAUUCGGUAUUUGGUUGACAAUUAUGGUGAUGGAAACGUUCCUUUAUCUUUAUCACUUGGAUUUUUAACGACACUAACAGCUGGUCUUGGUAAUCUUAGUCGUAUUGGAAAGGGGACAACUUAUACUCCAGCAAAGUUCCCUCCAAAGCCACUUAAAUUAUGGGCAUAUGAGGGGUCUCCUUUCUGCAAACUUGUACGUGAAGUACUAGUGGAAUUGGAGCUGCCACACUUGCUUGUCAGUUGUGCUAGGGGUAGCCCAAAGAGACAUAUACUAUAUCAGAAAACUGGAUAUUUCCAGGCACCCUUUCUGGAAGAUCCAAACACUGGGAUAGAAAUGUUUGAAAGUGCAGAAAUCAUAGAGUAUCUAAGAGCAACAUACGCUCUUGUAUGA